AUGGCGCCCCAUCCCGACAUUGCCGCCGACGAGCGGGCACUCUCGCCCAUGGCCGUGAAUGCUCUGCAGCUGGCCAAGUCAAUGGUCAAGCGUGACCAACCUGAGCCAUACAAGAACCUCGCCUCAGCAGGCGCACGCCCACCCAACGACCUCUCCGGACCCGGCUUCCAGGCUCUGUUUGCUCUCAUCGGUGUCGGUCUCGCCCUUGGAGCCAUCUGGUUCUUCUUCUGGGCCAAGAACGGUGGCUUCAAGUGGCGCGACAACGACUGGGAGGACUACAAGUCAACGGUGCUGAGACGCAAGGGACCCGACGGAAAGACUCUCUCCAACGCAACCAAGAGCACCAAGCUCGGUGGUGGCAGUGUCGUCCACGGUGGUAGCUACUUCGGCGAACAGAGCGAGCUUAACUACACGGAUGAGUCUGGUACCAGUGUCGACCCAAACGAAUACCGCGACGCCGAGAGGGGCGAGGGCGGCCUUCGUGGCGGAGACGGACGAAGGCACAAGAAGCACCGCCGCGACCACACCAACGACUACAAAGACCCUGAGCUCCGCAAGUACCGCGAGGAGAAGGCUGCCCGUGUCGGUGGCCUCAACCGCGUUGGUGAUGGCAUGUACACAGACUACUCCGGCUCUCAACCCUCUGAAGUCGGCGGCUCCCAGGUCUCUAGUAACGCACCGCUGGUCAAGAAGGACGCCAAGGAAGUCAAGGACCCCAAGAAGGAAGCCAAAGCCAAGGAGAUGCGCGCAAGGGAACGCAUGCGCAAGGCCAAAGCCGCCGAAAAGGAAGCCGCCAAGAAGGAAGCCGCUGAAGCCAAAGCCCGCAAGGAAGAACAAAAGGCAGAGGCCAAGCGCGCAAAGGAAGAGCAGAAGAAGUCCAAGAAGCACGGCACACCCUCUGAGGCUCCCGAAAUGGCUGAAGUUACCCGCCCCAUGAUCGAGUACCGUUCCCCCGAGAGUGACUACACCCGCGCCUACACCGAGUACACCGCCCCAUCUGAAGCCGGCACACCCACACGCGCUCCCACAAGGAGCAAGGCCCCGUCUGGACCUCGCCGUGCUCCUCCUUCCGCUGCAUACUCUUUCACCACCGGUGACGACGACACUGCUACCGUCUACACCGGCGUCUCUACCUCUGACUUCGCCAAACCGCCCCCUCCAAAGGCCGCCCCCAAGACCGAGCGCAGCGCCCCCUCCGAAGUCACCGAGUCAAGCUACUACUCCGACUACCGUCCCAACGCCGACAAGUCCCUCUACUCCGACCCCAACAAGCACGCGCCCCGCUCCCGCUCAGCCCGCCCGUCUCAAGACCGCCCUUCCCAAGACCGCACCUCGCGCUCCGGCCGCCCAACCUCUGAGUCUCGUCCCCGCCCCUCAGGCUCGCGUUCGCGUCCCACCUCUGAGUCGCCUCGCAAGCAACACCGCACUUCGCGUCCUGCUCCCCCUGCAUCUGACAUCUUCACCACUACCAACGGUGAUUCUCAGGGCCACAUGAGCUACCCGUGCCACAUUCCCGGCCUUAGCCAGGCGGGUAGUGUGCACCCGAUGGAGAGCGUGUCUCAAGUCGGUGUCCCGACUAACGCGAGGAGGGAGAGGGGCGGUAGAGAUGUCAUGGAUGGCUACCGUCGUGGUGGUGUCCGCGCUGUUGGACGAAGGGACAGUUUGAGCGACAGCGACUAG